AUAAUAUUAGUGUAAUACAUUAUUUGGCGAUGUUUACAGUCGCUAUCACGCAAGCCGGAGAAAUUUUUUUACAUACUGCCCUCGCGACCUUGUAUAUUAGAAAAUUUUAUAUCAGUUACUAAAAAUCAUACAAACAUGGUUUCUGAAGAGCAGAACUCUGAUGUUGAAUUAGCAUCAGAAGUCAUACCAGUACCCCAAGUGCAACCAGAAGCUGUUGCCUUAGAAGUUGUGAAUGACAAUAAUCAAGAAGCAAAUAAUAUUUCUCACAGAAAACCUCGUCAAAGAAAAAAAGUACUUUACAAUGCCAUAUUGAAACAAAUGGAGUUCUACUUUAGUGAUUCAAAUUUAACAAAAGACAGAUUCCUUGCAGAGCUCAUAAAACAAGAUCCAGAUGUGGAUCUCGAGAUUUUUUUAAGGUUUAAUAAAAUUAGGGCAUUGACUACUGAUAUUAGCAAAAUUGCUAAAGCACUUAGAGAUUCACAAAUGCUGAAGGUUUCUGAUGAUGGUACCAAAGUUAGUCGUAUAACUCCCAUUGUUCGAAAAGAAAAUAUAGAUGAAUGUACUAUGUACAUUCAGGGUCUACCAUGUGAUGCAGAUCAUGAAUGGCUGAUAACUCUUUUCUCUGAAUAUGGUCCAGUUGCUUAUGUUUCUAUUCCAAAGUUCAAAUCUAGUAAGAAAAUAAAAGGUUUCGCUUUUGUGGAAUUUGAAACUGUUGAAGGUGCUGAGAAAUGUUUAAAGGCAUUCAGAAAGAAAGGGUGUGAAUUACCAUCUCAGACAAUACCAAGUCAAAUCUUAAGCAUUUCAACUUUUACUGAAGAUAAUAAACAAGAAGAAAAUCAUGGGAUCAAUAAAAAUGACAUUGAUAGUAAUGCCAAUGAACAAGAUAAACAUAAAAGUGAGAAAUCAAAAUAUAAGAAAAGAAAACAAUCUUCAAAAUCUGAUGAUCCUCAAGAUCAAUCAGAUUGUUCAAAGUCAAAAAAGAAAAAAUAUGAAGAUACUAAGAAAGAUUUAAAUAUAAGUCAGCUUGUCUCAAACACUGAAGAAAAUAAACGUAAUAAAAAGAAAAAACGUAAAGCUUUGUAUGAAGCACAAAGUUCAGAUAGUGAAACUCAAAGUAAAGAAAAGAUUAAAAAACUCAAAACAUUAAAAUUUGAAGAAAUUAUAUCUACAAAAGAUCAUGAUAACUCUGAAAGUGAAAAUAACAGUACAGUAAAUAAUGAAGAAGUCAUUGAAAAUAUGAAUGAAGAAAGUACAACAGAAAAAAAAAAGAAGAAAAAAAGAAAACGAAAACAUCGUGGGACUUAUGAAGCUUUGGAAGCAACAGAUAUGGGACUUCAAGUUAUGAGCAAGAAGGAUUGGAAAAGAUUAAGAAAUAAAUAUUUAGAUUUACAAAGAUCAAAAAUGAAGCAGUUGAAACUACAUCUACGAAAGGCAAAGUGGAAUCGAUGGGCAACUAGAACAGAUGUAGAUUUUAUUGAAUUAAUAGAAAAUAGAAAAAUUUUGAAGUAUACGCCAAAUGUAAUUGUAAAGGUAGAAUUUAAAGAAGCUUGUGUAGAUCCAAAAGGUUUCAAGGAGGAAUUUCGAAAUAAUAAUCACGUAAAAUACAUAGAUGUCAAGGAAGGUUCAAAUAAAGCUUUUAUAAGAUGCGAUUCAUCACAAUCAGCAAGAGAAAUAUCUGAAAAAACGACUAACGAACGGCAGUUCAUAGUUUUAACUGGUGAAGAAGAUAAGUCUUAUUGGGAUAAAAUUACCAGAGAUCGUGAAGAGAAAAUUGGUAAGAAAGUCAGAGUAAAACAAAGAGGACGCGACAAGUUACUGAAGAAAGCCGAAAAGGAAUUAGGAAAGCAUAUUAAAUUUGAUGAGGUCUAGAAAUAUAAUUAUAAAAUAAGUCUAUGGAAAAUGUAUUAUAUUUCAUUUAACUUCUUUAGCACUCCAUGUUAUGACGAUAAUUUUUAUUAACAAAAUAGUAGUUU